ACACUGCUACUUCCGUUUGCCCUGGCAGGCAUAGUACUAGUUGUAUUCAUUCUCGUUUUCAACAUUACCAUAGCAACAGGCACUAUCCAUGGGCUGAUCUUCUACACUAAUAUAUUAGCUGCAAAUCAGUCUAUUUUCAUACCUUUUCAUAACCCUUUGACAGUUUUCAUAUCGUGGGUGAAUCUUGACUUGGGUAUUGAGACAUGCUUUUAUGAUGGAAUGAACUCUCAUGCAAAAGUGCUCGUUCAGAUUGUCUUUCCUGCUUACCUGUUUCUUCUGAUGUUCUUAAUAAUCAUUGUGAGCAAGUACUUUGACUCUUUUGCAAAGCUCCUCUCCAACAGGAAUCCAGUUGCUGCCCUAGGCACACUCGUCCUACUCUCUUAUUCCAAACUCUUACGGUUUAUCAUUGCUGCACUGCAACACAGGGUCUUGGAUUAUCCUGAUGGUACAAGUGAUAUAGUUUGGAUGUAUGACGGCAAUGUGCAAUAUUUCACUUCCGGUCACGUCCCUCGGUUUGUUUUUGCCGCCAUAAUCCUCAUUUCUGGUGUAGUGUUCACUGUGGUGCUCUUCUUUGGACAAUGGUUUCCUCGCUGCUCAAAAUGGAAACUCAUGAAAUGGACUAAGAACACGAAGUACAUUGGCUUCAUGGAUGCAUACUAUGCUCCAUUCACGCCCAAACAUCGCUACUGGGUGGGACUGCUCCUAUUUUCUUUUAUCGCUCAUAAUAUAAUAACUGCUCUGGCUUUGGACACUUCUCUCCCUGUUCUAUCAGCUGGUGUUCUAUCAGUUGGACUGAUCAGCUGGAAAUUACUGAACAAUCGUUUGUACAAAAACAAAAUCCGUGAUUCCCUCGAAACUCUUUAUCUACUCAAUAUUGUUUGUCUAGCAUUUGGCACCUCCUUUGUCAAAGAUACCAGAAAAAAUCAGUCAGCCCUAGCCAAUACUUCGAUGGCUAUAUCCUUUGUCAUCUUUGCAAUAACCCUCUGCUACCAUUUUUACCAAUUCGUACUCAAGAAUAUUAAUACAUGGCUGAAGAUAGAAGACACCAUAAGGAAUUUAGGAGCUAAUGUUGUAGUCAGACGAGCUAGCAAUGGUCGGGAAAUGUAUCAGCAGCUGGUAGCCGAUGAAAAUGAUGAUGAUGAAUUACUCAAAGCAGUAGACGACUAUGAACAAAGAGAUGCCUUGAACCCACCUUACACUGAUCAUGAUGGAGCCGUGGAAGAAGCUGACCCUGAUUGUUACAUCACUCCUCCCAUCAUCAGACCAGCCACGAGGCCAGACCAGAUGAUAUUACCCUACAUGGAUGAGCUAGCCCCCGUCACCACAGAGGACUACAGACCAGCCCCUCCCCCUACAAGAGUCAACCAUCGUCUUGCUGUUACAUGCACAGAAAUUGGUCCCAUACAUAAUAAAGUCUAAACUGUAGCUGAGGUACACACUUAGAUUAGAAUGAUAUAAUCGCUGAUUACAAUAUUCAUUGCUGUUUUACUAGUUUUAAUUAUCCUCUGCUAGCUGUUAUUAUGAUUUGUGUUGUGACUGUAGCUAAUUAAUGUCCACAA